UAACAGCCUGGUAAAACACACCCAAUUGUCUCUUAUUCCUUAAUUAACAUCUUGUAAAGUUGACAAUCUGAUUAUGAUUGAAUCGAACCAGAAAUGAAUUGGUGCUUUUAUCAGCACACACAAUAGCCUCCUUGCAGGAACAUAAGGAACUGUCUAGAUAAACAUAGUAUAUGAAGAAAGCAAUAGUGUUUUCAGCAGCUCUGUCAACUUUUAAGGAAGAAAAUAUCAAAGUAAAUGCAAAUCAAUGCUGUCAAGUCGGAGCCCUGUGAUUGUGUCAUCAGUUUUCUCCUCCGUCAGACUGGAUGUGUAACAGCAAGAGCUGAGCAAUAUUCAAGCAUGUAUCAGAAAAAAAAAAAAGGUUCAGAUGUUUAAAUAGACAGGAAUUUAAGGAGGAAAAAAUGGCAAAGAGAAAGAAUGGGAAAGUAAAGUGGAGUAAAGAGGAGGAAAAAGAAGAGGUAGAGAUAUUCCCAGUGAAAAUUUUGAAUUAAUUCAUGUUUACUGGGUUUUACAAAAGUAUCACUUAGCGAUGGACCGUAAAAAUAAAGAAGCCAUCCUCUGCCACAGACGCUGGGAAGCCUCUCUGGAGGCUAAUUUUCAUGCGGACAAGGAAAGGUUGGUCCUAAUGGCAGGUGAAGAAAUUAAUGAAGACUAUCCAGUAGAAAUUCAUGAGUAUUUAUCAACAUUUGAGAAUUCCAUUGGCGCUGUGGAUGAGAUGCUGAAGACUAUGAUGUCUGUUUCUAGAAAUGAGUUGUUGCAGAAGUUGGACCCACUUGAACAAGCGAAAGUGGAUUUAGUUUCUGCCUACACAUUAAAUUCAAUGUUUUGGGUUUACUUAGCAACUCAAGGAGUUAAUCCUAAGGAACAUCCAGUAAAGCAGGAAUUGGAAAGAAUCAGAGUAUACAUGAACAGAGUCAAGGAAAUAACAGAUAAGAAAAAGGCUGGCAAGCUCGACAAAGGUGCAGCUGCACGAUUUGUAAAAAAUGCCCUCUGGGAACCAAAACCAAAAAAUGCAUUGAAAGUUGCCAAUAAAGGAAAAAGCAAAAACUAACUUUUUGGUUUUGAUGUACAUAUAUUUAAAAAGUACAUCUUACUGCUUUCACAAGAUAGAGGAUUAUGUGGCAAUGCAGGGUUUAAAUGUAUUCCUUAUCAAAUUCAUGUGUAAAUUUAUACUUUAAAUUUAUAACGCUAAAUACUGCCCCCCAAGAUUGUUAUCUUUAUUGAUUUUCUUAUAGAGCACUAUGAGGUUUUUAACAUCGUGAUGUAUUUUAUAUUUAUAGUUUAUCAUAUCUUUUGACAAGACUCUUAUUUCCUUAUGUAAGUCAAUCUUGCAAGUACAUUUUAUAAGCAACUGUGAAAUUUAAGUUAAAUAUUCUUUGUAAACAUUUGUACUAUUUUAAAUGAAUAAUGACCUUAUGAAGUAUGCUAUCUGUAGGCUGAGGUUAUAAGUACAUCUGUUUUUACUGUAUGAUAUUAAGAAUGAAAUGACUUCAGUGUCCAUUUUUUUCCCUGUGUAGUUACUUCAUGUUUUCAUGAUUUUAGGAAUUGUUGCUUUUUUGAUAUUUGAAGUAUGAAAUUAAAACUUUACGGCUGUACUUUAAUUCUUGGCAUGUUGCCUCUGUGUCCCAUUUAAAAUAAAAUAUAUUCUCAUUAACUUUAGAUGGGAAAUAAGGUUGUAUGUUGGUGGAUAAAUUUUGGCAUAAUGGUUAUACCCUCUCAAUAAAGGCUGUAAAUGUUGUGUA